CAAAAAGCGUGGUGCUAUUUGAAUCACAAAUCUGAAAGAUAUCAAAUCCUCUUUCUUCUGAAACCCUUUUGUGGCGGCUGAAACUGAAACCCCUUUUGUUCUAUCGUUUUCUUAGGGUUUCUAUUUAUCCCCUUUCAUAAACCCUAGAUUUGCAGGGUUUUAGCUUCCUUUUGGUCAAGAUCUAUCCGUUUAUCAGCUCUAAUCAUGGCCGCCGUUGCUCCUGUUGCAGAUCAAACUGUUGAUUUGCUCAAGAAUCUAUCAUUGGAUACUCAACCAAAGGCAUUGGAAAUUCCUGAGCCCACUAAGAAGCCUUCGGUUGAUACCACCGGUGCCGUGAAUGGGGUUAACCAGCCUUUGGAUAGGUCUGUCACCCCCUUGAUACCAGAUUUCAUGGAUCCAACUGUGGCAUAUUUUCCCAAUGGUUAUUAUUAUGGAGGUUACGAUGGGACCGCCAAUGAUUGGGAUAACUACUCGAGAUAUGUGAAUCCUGAUGGAGUUGAUAUGGCUCAUGGAGUAUACGGGGAUAUGUAUCAUGGCUAUGGUUAUGCACCAUACGGUCCUUAUUCACCUGCUGGUUCACCUUUGCCGACAGUUGGUCAUGAUGGUCAGCUCUACGGGGCUCAACCUUUUCAAUACCCUAACCCUUAUUUCCCACCGAUGACUCCAACCAGUGGACCCUACACGUCGGCCGUAAUCCCUCCCAAAGGUGUGAAUGCACCGUCUGCAACUGCUGACCAAACACCUUUGACAGUAGACUCUACUAAUGGUGUCAAGGGUACCACUGGGUCGGCUCCGGUGAAACCAGCAGCGUAUCAGAAUUCAAUCUUUAAUGGGUCGUACAAAAAGGGUGCACAAAACGGUUUUCAGGAUCCAAGAUACGGUUUUGAUGGGGUCCACUCUCCAAUCCCUUGGUUGGAUGCCCCGUUGUUAUCCGAUGGACAAGCAAGAAACAAUUCCAAUAUUGCCCCUGUUACCAAUGGGAAUGGCAUUGCUUCAAGAAAUCAAAACUACAAUCCACAUAUCAUGACUCCGAGACCCGUGUCGGGUGUCAACACAGCAAGUGGAUACAUGAACCAAAUGUAUCCAAACAAACUAUACAGCCAGUACGGAAGUAAUUAUCGUUCUGGUUACGGGUAUGGUGCAAACGGGUAUGAUUACCAAAGUAACGGGCGUGGUUGGUUGGCAACAGAUAACAAGUACAAGCCUAGAGGACGAGUCAACGGUUUUUACUUCUACAACAAUGAAAACGGUGAUGGUUUAAACGAGCUAAACCGUGGACCUAGGACCCGAUCUGUCAAGAACCAAAAGGUUUUGACCCCGAUCACUUUGGCAGUUAAGGGUCAAAACUUGACAACCCCUUCCGAAGGUGUUAAAAAGGAGCCUGAGGUUAUCGAGAAGGCAAGUUCAACCCCAAACCGUGAGCAAUACAAUCACCCUGAUUUUCCCGUCACUUAUGAAGAUGCGAAAUUCUUUGUGAUUAAAUCAUACAGCGAGGAUGAUGUUCAUAAAAGCGUAAAGUACAAUGUUUGGGCCAGUACACAAAACGGCAACAAGAAACUUGAUGCUGCUUAUCAAGAGGCUCAACAGAAGCCUGGAUCUUGCCCGGUUUUUCUUUUCUUUUCGGUCAAUACAAGUGGACAAUUCGUUGGUGUUGCUGAGAUGGUCGGCCCUGUCGAUUUUAACAAAAGUUUAGAAUACUGGCAACAAGAUAAAUGGAUUGGUUGUUUUCCUGUCAAGUGGCAUAUUGUUAAGGAUUUGCCAAACAGUUUGUUGAAGCACAUUACUCUUGAAAACAAUGAGAAUAAGCCUGUUACCAAUAGCAGGGACACUCAAGAGGUGAAGUUAGAACAAGGAUUGCAAGUGUUGAAAAUCUUUAAAGAGGAGUCUAGCAAGCAAUGCAUCCUAGACGAUUUUGAUUUCUAUGAAGAUCGCCAACGAAGAAUUCAAGAAAAGAAAGCAAAACAGCAGCAGUUUCAGAAACAGAUGUGGGAAGGAAAACCGAAAGAGGGAAUUAAAGUCGAGAAUUUAGCACCAAAAUCAUCUGAAACUCCUCAAGAAACCGUGAAGGAAGCUGGUUCUGUUCAUAUAAAUGGAGAUGUGAAACCUGCUGCAGAGAAGGAUAUUAUGGCUAAUGGUGUUGCAAACGCUUAGAUUUAGUAUCUGCAACGGUGGCAUUUCGGCGGAUGGAGUUUGAAAUAUGCAGUUGUUGAUGAUCGGUCUUGGAACAAGAUCCGUCUUUCGAAAUGUACACAGAGGUUGUUAGGGGGUUUCAGUGGGCAUAUGUAAAAUAGGAGGAUCCAGAUUUGAAAAUCUUGUGGGUGGAUGGAUUGGAUGCCUCUUUUCUUUAUAGUUUUCAGCUUCUAACAGGGUUUGGGUUUUAGGUUUUUUAUUGAAUCUUUUUUUUUUUUGUUUCGUCUCAGUUUAUUUGUUCAUCACUUCUUGUGGCCUUUAAUAUUAUGUUUUCUUUAUCAUA